AUGGGGAUUACAAAGUCCGUCAACUCCAGCAACAGAGUUGCAUUUGCUCCAACUCCGAGCCUGUGCAUUUCACCGGUUAGGAGAAAGCAAACCCGUCUCUGCUCCGGUAAGGACUCGCUGUUCCUCUCCGUGAGCUUGAGUAAAGACAGAUCCGAGCGGGAAUGUAAGGAUGCAUCGACGGAAAACAAUGAAAUUCGCGGCACGGGAAAUGGAAAACGAAGAGUUUUCGGUGGAGUGAAGAGAAGCGGGACCAUGAACACACAGAAGCAUCUCUGGGCCGGUGCUGUCGCUGCCAUGGUUUCCAAAACUUUCUUAGCCCCACUUGAGAGACUAAAGCUGGAAUAUACAGUUCAUGAUGAACAGAGGAAUCUGUUGGUGGUUGCUCAAACAAUUGCGACCACGCAGGGGUUUAAAGGAUUCUGGAAAGGCAAUUUGCUCAGUGUUCUCCGAACAGCUCCUUUCAAAGCUGUAAAUUUUUGUGCAUACGAGUCCGUCAACUCCAAUGAAGGCGCCGGAGAUGCUCUUAUUGCAUUACUCGUAUCUGUCACAAGAUCUUUACUCUGGGAAGAAGAGGCCGAUCAAAUUUGUAGUGGGUUGUGGUACUGGAACGGGUUUAGGAGUUGCAGGUAUGUCUUAAGGGCUUCCAUGGGAGAUCAAUAA